AGCGCGAGGCGGAACUACGUGCGCAGUCCUGCCGUGAAUCACACAUCACCACGGCAACCGGCGGUCACACCAAGUCCCCGUCAGCAUCACCGGGGUCCGAUCACAUCCAGAGCCCACCGGAGAGCACAGGACACACAAUCAAUCCCGGCAUUUUCAGGCAGCUAAGCAGCCAUGGUGAAGUUAGGCAGCAAUCUGUCUGAUAAACUGGAGAAGCAGCCGUCUGCUGACGACGGAUUUGAUAACAUCCCGCUGAUCACACCCCUGGAGGUCAGCCAGCUCCAGAGGUCGUACGCAGAGAGGGUCAUUGUGAAGACAUCAACACAAUAUCAGCUGCAGCAGAAGAAAAAGAACAAGCCUUACGUUCCCAAUAUCAAGAAGCUGAAUAUCAACUUCUACAGUGAUGUUACAGAGAAAGCCAAGGUCACAGGUCUGAUCCUCAUCACUUUGGCCUUCCUGACCAGCUUGCUCCUCCUGCUCAUGUACAAAGCUAUGUGGUAUGACCAACUUACCUGCCCAGAGGGAUUCAUCCUGAAGCAGAAGCACUGCACCCCGGCCGCUCUGGAGAUGUACUACACUGAGCAGCAGCAGCAGGAGGAGCCGGGGGUGCACGGCGGCGCUGGGCUGUAUGCUGCGCUCAGCCACCUCAACCAGGUGAAGAGGACCGGACCUGAACUGCCAUCGGCAUGGUUACCAGUCCCCAGUGCCCUGAACGAGGCCGAGGUGACCAACCAACGCAGCGAGCUGCUGACAGGCGAGCAGGAGGGAGAGUAGUGAGGGGCGGACAGGUGUUACAGCAGGAAAUGAUGAUGGGGAGGCAGCGUAGAUUAUUUUUUGAGACCCUGUGUUUAGGAUUUGUUUUCUUUCCUCGUACAGACCAUUAAAUCAGUUGUUUAUACUGGUGCUCCAAAACCUUUAGGUACAAUGGCAUGUUAGGGGCAAGUCAGAGAUUUUACUAACAGUAAUUAAGUUGUUAAUUCAAUAGAAUAUAUAUUUAGAUUAUAAUGUCAUCUAUUUGAGUGAAGUAAAUAUACAACUUUAUUCACUCAAAGAUGUAUCCACGUUUUUUUCUUUUCUUUGUAAAUGUAUUUAAAGUAUUACCCUUCUCACUGACUCCGUAUUAGCCCUGAUAUGCCGUUGUACAAAGGUGUCUGUAUAACAAAUGAAAGUUCAACCAUCAGCUAAACCACACAGUUCCCCAGUUAUUUUCUGUUAAUACUCAAUUCAAGCUAAUACCCAACUGUGUGUGUGUGUGUGUGUGUGCGUGCGUAGGUGCGUGCGUGUGAGUGUGCGCUUGUGUGUGUGCGUGUGUGUGUGUUUGUGGUGAGUUGUUGUGGUUGGAGGCAGGAAUGUUAUUAAAGUGUUGGAGAAUGUGCCUGACUUUUACAGUGUUACUGAGGCAUGAGAAAAUCUCAGACAUCUGCAUUCAGUGUGUGUGUAUACCCUCGCGUUCAUACUUCACAUGGGCACAUAUACAGUAUGUAUCAUCUUUAUAUAUGUAUUCAUGUGUGUAUGCGUAAGCUGUAGGAUUUGUGGAGUUGUUGGAGGUGAGAGAAGCGAGGCAAGAGCUCAGAGUGAGAAGAUAACAAGUUUUUAAUGACAUACAGCGAGUUUCUCCCCAUCACUGCGUCUCGUUAUCUCACACUAUUCAUUUAGUUUUAGAGGGGAACGUAUGAAAUCAGCAUUGAAUGUGCUCACAGGCAAGGAACUAUAAUUGACGAUUUACAUUUUCUGUCGAAAUGAGUCAAUUUUUCAUCUUAUCAUCUGGAGACUGUAAAUUGCAGUUCAGUGUGCGUCUACAGUUGAAAACAGACUAAAUGUAUUUUAAAUCGUUUUACACAUUGGCUUUGGAUAGUCUCCGAAUAGUCAAAAUCACCAACUACAACCUCCAAUAUGAGUAUAAAGUGUUCAACAAGUGAAUGAGCCUGAAAACUUUCUGUACAACUUUUCAAUUGAUAACUGUUAUUAUUCUAUAUGAUUGUGUGAGCUACUUUCUGUUAUAAUGAACAAAUUGAGAUAUUUGUAUGUAAAACUGAAAUGACAGCAUACUCGAAGCUGAUUGUAAAAACUGGAAAAUGAUUUGUUUUGUUACUAAAUUGUGUUUUUGGUUAAUGUUGCUGCCGCUGUAAAUGAGCAUGUACAGUUUACCCACAGGUUUGACUCGUCAUGAUCCUUAUAUGAAUGUAUGAAGCAGCGGCUCUAAUCUUGCAGUAGAUGUAAUUAGUGCUUAUGAUGUACUACCUAAAAACUUCAAUUGUCUUCACAUGUUUCUAUUUAUUCCAUGAACAGUGUUAUGUUGUUAGUUUUUUUCAAUCCAUUGUACAUCCAUUUAUUUGUGUAUCUCAAAAUAUUCUGACAAAUCUUGUAAUUUGUCCAAAUGAUCUUCUGUCACUUGUUUGAACCUGCUUUUUCUCUUUCAUUAUUUUGGAGAAAAGUAAAACUCUUCAUGUGAGA